AUGGCUGGAACAGAGAUGGGCCAGGAGCUAGCUGCACAAACUGGAUAUGGAGGGGCAGGCUGGGCAGGUCCAAGUGGGGUCGGUGGGGAGUCAGUUGCUGGGCGUGUGGCACUGACUGGAGAGAAUCCUAUCUCUUCUGGAUGGAUAGGUAUGGUGGGUUCUGGCAUUGGGUUGAGCACUAAAGCCUUCAACAAAGCCUUGCAGGAGGGCAAAGCCUUGCAUAAGGGCAUUAAAGCCUUGGAUAAGGGCAUUAAAGACAAGCUGGACAGCUAUGUGAGGCAAAUGGGUAAGGAACAAGCUUUCAACAUGCUUGAAUAUACCCAUUUGCAACCUCAGCAAGCAGAGGUGCCUAGGGCAAUGGCCAAGCUUGCAAAGCUGUUGGAAUGCCUCCUGCAAGCUUCUCCACCAGCACAAAUCAAAUAUUGUGCUUUGAAAAUGGACCUGGCCAGCAUGAUGAAUAAGUUUGGGUCUGACAUUCUGUCAGCCCAUUUCGAGUGUGAGAAGGAAAUGCUGGCUGGCAGGGGAGCUGAUUCUUUCACAGUGCUGCUAAAGCAUUGGAGAAGGGUGACUUCAAGUGAUACAAGCUUCCAAAAAUUCCAGCAGAAGUUGGAUGAUUCACAGGCCAGCAUCAUGGGAGGCCUCAUGAAGAGGAUGGCAGGGUCUGAGGAAGCAAAGAAAAGUGUGUAUGCCAAGAAAAGGUUUUUGAAAAAGGAGGAAAGUGAGGUGACCAUGGCAUCAGAUGGCUGGCCAGCAAUGCUGGCCACCCCAGCUGACAGUGAUUCUGCUGGAUCAGCAGCUGAAUCAGCUGCUGAAUCAUCAGCAGUUGGUUCACCAUGGGCUGAUUUACAGAAAAGCCAACCCCCUGUCUUGAAGAGCAAUUGGAAGGCAGCAGCUGGAAAACAUGUGAAAAAACCUACCUCAAAGAGAAGCCUUGCAAAGGGGCAAAAGUUGAAAAUGCCAGCUGCACAGAGCAAGAGCAGUGGGUCUUCAAAAGAUGGUGCCAGGGGUGGGCCAGAUGCUAUCCACCUACCAUCUGUGAAAUUGGGUGGUGGCAAGGCACAAAGCUAUAUCCAACACAUGCCAGAUGGCCCAGAUGGCUCUAAGCGAUUGAUAGUUGCUUGCACAGCUGCCAGGGCCAAGUUUCUCAAAGUGACACACAAAGCCCUGAUGGAAGAAUUGCUGCCAAAAUGCAAGGAAAAGGGAAGCUAUGUGCAAAGACAGAGGCUGGCCAAAAUGAGGGAGCAAAACCCACCCAAAAGUAAGGAGGAGGCUGAGCAGCAAAGGCUUGCUGCCAUAGGUGGUGGUGAUGGUGGCAGUGUCAUGGCCACUGGUGGUGCUGCCUCCUCCUCAGGCCACCAACAGAAGCCUGCCCAGCAACCUGCUGCCCAGCCAAAGCCUGCAGGCCAAGGAAAGGGUGAGGGAACUGAGAGCUCUGAUGGUGGGAGGCUCAAGGAUUUUUGUGACAAAAAAAACUGGGAAGAGCCUUGCAAAGGGCAGCUGUCCACCAUGGGAAAGGCAAUGAAAGCCAUGAAAAGCCCUAAGCCGAAGGGAAUUUUGAAAAAAACAAAAACUGAUGAGAAAAACAAAUCCAAAGCAGCAAGCCUUGUGAAAGGGCCAAGUGCAAAGGAAAGCCUUGAGAAAGGGCCAAAGGUAAAGGAAAGCCUUGUGAAAGGGCCAAAGGCAAAGCCAAAGGCUGUGAAAAUGCCUCAGGGAAUGAAAAAACCAAGUGCUGCAUUGGCUCUCCCCAACAAUGAUGAGGGGCUGUCCCUUGAGGAAAAGAUGGAGAAGUUCCAUGAGAAAGGAGGGAAGUCAGUGGAUGAAUUCCCCAGCUCUUUGACCCAAGGCCAAAGAGAAUCCCUGUGGGGAAGGUUCUCAAGGGCCAGGGAUGCACUCAAAGAUGAAAAGGCAACAGAGCUUUGGAACGAAACCUGCAAAGGGAAGGGGUCAGAUGGGCCCAAGAAGCAGCUGCUCAAAGUUUUCUUGGACACCAAAGGGGAUUUGAAGAAGGGCAACCUAUUUCAGAAGGAACUCAUCCAGCUGAGCCAAACAGCUGGUGGCUUGGAUGCAAGCCUGCAGUGGCCUUGUCUGUUUGUGUGCACCUGUGUGCCACCUAAGGUGUCCAGGGGCAGUAUUUCUUGCAGAAGAGAUCCAAGAGACAAACAUGAGUGGCAAUUCUCUCUGAACCAAGAGAUUCACUACAAGGACGCACAGCAAAGGCACCAAAUGUCCUUUGAAGGGUGCCAAAAGGUUGAAGCUUUGGAAUGGGUCAGGGCCAAGGACAUUGGCUCCAUGCUGGAAGGCACUGAGGGACACUUGGGUGAGGAUGCCUUGAAUGAGUUUCUGCCAGACAAGGCAAAGAAAAAAAGGAAAGGCCUUUUGGCCAUCAAAGACAAAGAAAGUGAAGAUGUUGAUGAUGAAGAGGAUGGGCAGGCUGAUAAGAAUAAGCUGAAAGCAACUGUGGAUGAAGCAGAUGUUCUUUCAGACUUGGGAAAGAACCAAAGCAAGGAUCUAGCUGCCAAAAGGAUCGUCAAAAUGAUCACACUGCUGAAGUCAUUGAAGAAUGACAUCUCAAAAGGCAGCAGUGGCUCCAAAGACACAGCCCAUGCCAAAUCUGUGCAAGCAUCUUUGGAUAGUUUGCAAAAGCUGGUGAAGCAAGGCAGUAAGGUCAACAUGGAAGCUGCCAAGGAAGAGCUGCUGGAAGCAGCUUUGGCUGUGAAAAGGGUUUCCAAAGGACCUUCCAUACAAGCCCUUGCCAUGGCAGCAGUGAAGUCAGGGCAAAGUUCUUCAGACAUCCAAGAGAUGGCAUCUUUGGGGAACAAUGGGCAAAACCCCAACCAUGUAGCCCACCAGCUGGAAACAAAAUAUUGCAAGGCUGCUGAUAUAGAUGUGCCAAACCCUUACAGUGUGGAGUGUCCUGUCCUUCUUAGAACAUCUGAUGGCAUGUCUGUUGCCACAAGAAAGGUGGGGAUGUUUCUCCCCCAUGAAUGGUUCGAUUAUUUGUGCCUGAAAGAUGGGGUGAGUGGCCUCCAGAAUCUGGAGAGCUUCUGGAAUGAGCACAGCUCCAAAGAUCCACAGAUCCAGCAUUCACCAGUGAAAGAUUCCAGAAAGAUGUUUGUCCCAUUGGGUCUUCAUGGAGAUGGAGGGCAAUUUCAGCGAAAUGAUAGCAUCAAUGUCAUCAGCUUCAGAUCCCUUUUGAGCAGCUGGAAUGUUGCCACCUCCCAGUUGUUGCUUAUUGCCUUGCCCAAGGGCUGCAUCAACAAAAACAAAGAUGAUGAUUCAAAAGACACCAUGCAUCAUAUUUGGAAGGUGCUGGUUUGGAGCCUGGAGGCAACCUUCUACAACAAGUUCCCAGAAAUGGACCAUAUGGGCAAGGAUUGGCCCACUGGCUCCUGGAGGGCCAAGAUGGCAGGACAUCCUCUCAGCACAGCUGGGUAUAGAGGAUUGGUGAAUACAUGGCCAAUGAAUUCCAUCUCAAUGGUGCAAGCAUGGAGCAAAUGUGCUGGAAUUGUGUUGCGAACAAAUCAAGCCACCCCUACAAUGAUUUCAGACCCACUGCUUCCUGGAGGGAAACAGUUGUGGACCACAAGGGCACAUCACCAACUGAGCAUUUGGUGUCUCAAGUGCCAGCUGUGUCUGGCCUGA